UCGAGUUCCAAGAUGGCGUCAAGUCCAAGAAAUCCUCCCGCAAACCAACCCACAACUCCCUCUUCUCCUGGCGGAACUCUCAAACGAGAUAACUCGAAAAAAGAAGCUGGGGUKUUCGGAUGGAUGGGAACUCUAUCUAGAAGGAAAAAAGACGAAACUGAAGAGGAAGGAGAAGAGAGGUACAUGAUAGAACCAGGCUCAAUGGAGGAUACAAAAGUCAGGGCACUCAAAACAGUAUUGCUAGAAUGGCUCAAUGAAGUGCUUGCUGAGAAGAGAAUCGUUGUACGAGACAUUGAAGAAGAUUUGUACGAUGGUCUAAUUCUGUCCCACCUUAUGGCAAGCCAAGUUGUCGGUCCUGUUGGAUGAAAUCAAUAAAGUUCUGAGAGUCCCAAGACACCGAGCCAAAUGGACCACAGAAAGAAUUCAUUCCAAGGACACAGUUUCAAUUCUAAAUCUUCUAGUAGCUCUUGCUCGACAUUACAACUGCAAACAAAAGUUAACCCCAAAUGUUCAAAUUAAUACAGUUAUUGUCCAGAAAAAGAAUGGAAUGUUAAUACCUCAAAGAGUGGUGGAAACAAUCACAGGACCUGACGAUGAUAUGAUGGAUGGAAAACCUGAAAGGGAUGCGUUUGAUGCCUUGUUUGAUAAYGCACCUGAUAAGCUGGGUGUGGUCAAAAAGAUAUUCUGAAAAGACAUCUCAAGUCCACUCUUAGGAUUGUAUACAGUUUAUUCCAAAAAUACAAACAUCUUAAAUAGACCCUUUCUAAACUAUAAAUUGUAACAUUUAUUUUACUAUACUUAUAUUGCUCAAUUUUGAUACAAAUAGAUAUAAAUUGCUAGUUCUAAGAAAUAAUGUUUUUGAAUAUCAUCGUGUUAUUUUUGGUUGUAUGAUAAAGUAUUAUUUUUUUAUUGUAGUUUUAUAAUUUAAGCUAAUUAAAUCAUAUCUGUUCCUUGGCUCUCUCCUGGAAAUGAAGAGGAGCUCUUUGGAAUGUUAAACUUUUGCCUUUGUACAGCCACUCCUUGUACCCUCCCCUGUGGGGAACAAGAAAGUGGAGGGGGAGAGGGGAGAGUCAGUGACUUAAUAGAGAAUAACAUCUUACCUGACUAAGUAGAGCCACUUCCAAUGGAAGAGAAAAGGCAAAUAAAUUUCUACAUCACCUUC